AAAUCUGGCUGUGCUGCUGCUGCGCCGUGCUGCCCUCGCGCUCCACCGCCUCAUCUGUCCUCCCGUCUCGCCGACUCGCCACCGUCCCCGCCGCCGUGACCUUCCCUCUCACCGUCCACGGUCCACAGCGCUCCUGCUGCCAACCUCACCUCCUCCCGCCGCCCUAAGACGCCAGCCAUCAGUGCCGCCGCCCCUGCCCGCACAAAGAGCUGCUCGCGGACCCACCCUCACCUCCUCCCGCCGCCCUAAGACGCCACCGCGUGGCCAUCAGUGUCGCCGCCCCUGCCCGCACAAAUAGCUGCUCGCGGACAGCAGCACCCCUGACUCUCCAUCCAAACAUACGCCCGUGCUUCUUCACCCGCCGACGCCUGGUGCUCCUUCUCCUUCUCCAUCACCUCGUUCGAGCUCCACCGUGUAGGGGCCGACGUCGCCGGUUCCUCCAUCGAACCCGAGCUCGUGCGCUCGCCGCGUCUCUGGGCGUCAAGCUCGCCACCGGUGCGCUCCUCGACGACCCCGCGGAGACCAAUUUCGACCUCGUCUCGCACCCUCAGCAAAACUAACAUAGAAGCAGGAACAGAGAUUCACUUCGAUCAAGGUGUCACUAUCUGAACUUCUUGAGAUACCGGCGCGUCUCAGAUCCUUUCCACAUGGCAGGAUCUACAAUUUUGGUGGGUACAUGGCUAUGCCCAGUAAGAGAUGUUCCUCCUCCACGCCUUGUUACGGGUUUUCCUCCCAUGCCACCAGUAGGGGAUGGUUUUCUGGUGGGGCGUAUUGUGGUUCCACUGCGGCAUUCUUCUGAGGUUGGACUUGAGCUGUGUGCCAAGAAAGUGGGGUCAAUGGAGCCAACUGUGACAAUAGAGAGGAAAAACAACAAGAAGAGCAAGAAAAAGAAGAAAAGAAAUGGUUUCUCUACACCAUCAACAGAGCCUUCCACUCCACAAUCUUCUCCUGGUUCUACUCCUUCACUGUGGGGGACAGAAGCGCUAAUGCCUGUUUGGAGUGUGCCCUGGUCAAAUUUACCAUGCGGUUGCCCGUGGCCAAUUUCUCCAAUGAAUGCUUUAAAUUUGCAGCCUGGAUACUAUGGGCUGAAUCAACACUUGUUGCCUACUGAGCCUACCGAGAUCUUGGUCUCCUUUAAGCCAUGGUUGCAGAGGUUCUAUAGUUAUGGUGGUUUAAUUCCUUGUCCUCAAGAUCUAGUUUCCUUGGAGGGUUUUGAAACCAAGUGCCCCCUUACUGAAGAAUAUGCCCUCUAUAACGGCAAAAAAAUCGGAGUGACCACCGACAGCGGUAGAUUUGUCCUCUUGGGACUUGUGGAAGAUGUAGUCAAUACUUAUAAGGAUGGACGUAGCUGGGGAGGACAGUUCAACAAAGAUGAUCUCGCUGUGCAAAUAGGAGUUAGAUGCUACAUUUCAAAGGUGGCUGAAUUUCCAGGGACCUACACAAAUCUGUGUAAAGACUUGAACAGCUUGGCAGAUGCAAUGGUCACAUCUUUUAGAGGAACUAACAAGAUUGCUUUCAUUAAGCAUCUUUUCCGGACAUUGAAAAGUCCGCCUCCUCCAUCAUCUACAGUACAACAACGACAAGAUUAUUUCAAAUUCCUGAAGUCACAUCCUGCCUUUGCCGAUCCAAUCGCAAGAUCAAGUUAUGUAGUAGGCAUUGUUCAAACUUACAAGUCUAUGAGCCAAAGUGAUAGGAAUGAUUUUGAGCGUGCUGUUAAGAAAAUUCAUGUCAAGUCUGAUGAUUGGAGAGAGAGAGUAAAGUCUGAUCCGUUGUGGAACCAAGUCUAUACCGAUAAACAGAGAAAGUCAAAGAAGAAGAAGAAGAAGGACAAGGAAAGAUAUUCAUGCUCAAACAUUGGACUAGCUACUUUUCUAAGACAUUUUGUGAUCCAUUCUCCCGAGCAUACCAUUGUUGCGGGAGUUCAACAAAUGAAAGUACUUGAAGAAGUUGACUAUCUUUUGUCGGAUUUCUUUGAUGAUUUCAUCGCUGAUCUGUUUCAAAUCGUAGUCUACGAUUUUGACUUGGAGAAACAUUUCUUAAAAACUGUUUGGAGUCUUUAUGAUGUUGGCGAGGAUCGCAAGGAAAUGUUGCGCAGAAUUUGGAAGCAUGGGAUUGUUGAGCCACAGGUUGAGCCAUAUAUCUUUGAGGUUGUUUUCUCUUCAUCUCUAUACCAUCAAGAGGGAACAUUGACCCAAAGUCAUGUUGAAGCAUCUACCUCAGGCCAAGCGGUUACUAAGUGAAAAGAGAGAAAGCGUUUCAGGAGACUGCUGGUGCUUCAGGAUGUGCAGUUCAUUUUUGCAAAUUGCUGUCUACAACACUUCCCGCCCUCAACAAGACUCUAAGCGGCUCAGUUUCUGUCGAUCUAUGUAGAUAAUCCGUUUUCAGCUAGUUCAUGUUAAUAUUCCUGCUGUAGAACGUUCCAGCCUCUGUGGACUGAGUUUCUGAACCUUGUUCAUGCCAGAGCAUGAAGCUACCGAGAGUAAAUGACUAGUUGCUCCCUCUUUCUGUACCAGGGUUGAUGUUAACUCUGCUGUUAUGCAGCGUAAGCUACUACUACCCAGUUCUGUUGGAGACUAGGAGGGAGAGAUGUUAAUUUUGCUGGGUAGAUGACUCUCAUUUUCUGUAAGAUGGAUUGAUGUUAGCUUCGUUGUUAAGCAGACUAAGCUACCAAUUGCUACCAUCUUUUCGCGAAAUUCACCUGUCGGGGUAGAAAGUUUAAAAACCCCUGGUUGGUUCCCUAAUUA